CGACGACAACGCGGACGGUGUAACAGUCUGCGAGAGUUCUCUCGCGAAGGGCUCAGUUCAAAAGAAUUCAAACCCUAACCCUAGUCUGGACAGCAAGGCAGUGAUUGCAAAAGAAAACAAAAAAAUGGAUGAUAAUGUGUUGUCACCUUCUUCCAAAAAGCAAAAGCUUUCUGAAGAACAUAAUAUUGGCCAGGGCAUUGAUAUGAUGACCAGCUUGCCGGAAAAUGUUCUCCAUCACAUCCUCUCAUUCCUCAAAACCAAAGAGGCCAUACAAACGUCCAUAUUAUCAAGAAGAUGGCAAUAUUUAUGGACCUCUAUUUCCAACAUUGAUUUGAAUGAUAUGUCUUCUUGGUCUAACAGAAAGAAAGAUAAGGGCAAGAAGAAAGAUCGUUAUCCAAUGUGUAGGAGUUCCUUCUUGGAUUUUGUGGAAAGAGUUCUCCUUCUUCAUGAUGCUUCAGAUAUUAAAAGACUUCGUCUUAGGUUCACUGUGGUUGUGAAUUCAUCACGUCUUAAUUCAUGGAUCUCUGCUGCUGUGAGGCAUAAUGUUGAAGAGCUUGAUCUGUCCCUACCUGUGCAAACCCGCUUUGUCUUGCCUUGUUGCCUUUUUACUUGUGAUUCCCUAGUUGUAUUGAAAUUAUUUAUGGACUGUCCUUUCAAGCCUCCUAUGGGCUGA